AUGAAGCUUGAGGUUGAGAGUUUGGGUAGAGAUUAUGGGGACAGCGGUGUAAAGAAAUCCCAAGGAGGAAGGCCCAUUUUGCCAGAUUUUUCAUUGGAUAGUGUGCAGAAGUUCCAGAAAGAGAAUGAGCAACUUACAGAACGCCUUUUGGCAAUGGAGGAGGAAACAAAGAUGGUGAAAGAAGCUUUGGCACACCGGAACAGUGAAUUACAGACAUCCAGGAGUAUUUAUGCAAAGACGGCCAGCAAGCUUCAAAAUUUGGAAGCACAGCUGCAAGCAAAUCUUACUGCUGAAGACAGGGCAUCACAUCUGAAUGGUGCACUGAAAUUACAUCUAGAAGGUGCACUGAAGGAGUGCAUGCGGCAGAUACGAAAUUUGAAAGAAGAACAUGGACAGAAGCUGCAUGAUGUGAUUCAGAAUAAAACCAAGCAGUUUGACAAAAUGAAGCAUGAGUUUGAAGCAAAAUUAGCUAACCUGGACCAACAGUUACUUAGGUCUGCAAUGGAAAAUUCUGCACUCUCAAGGUCUUUGCAGGAGCGUUCUAGCUUGGUGAUACAGCUCAGUGAAGAAAAAGCCCAAGCUGAAGCAGAGAUUGAGAUGUUGAAGAGCAAUAUCGAGUCAUGUGAAAGGGAAAUAAAUUCUCUGAAAUAUGAACUCCAAAUUAACUCAAAGGAACUAGAAAUUCGUAUUGAGGAGAAAAAUAUGAGCGUACGGUCUGCAGAAGUUGCAAACAAGCAACACCUGGAGGGAGUGAAGAAAGUUGCAAAAUUGGAAGCAGAGUGUCGGAGAUUACGUGGUCUUGUGCGGAAGAAGUUGCCUGGGCCUACAGCCUUGGCCCAGAUGAAGCUUGAGGUUGAGAGUUUGGGUAGAGAUUAUGGGGACAGCGGUGUAAAGAAAUCCCAAGGAGGAAGGCCCAUUUUGCCAGAUUUUUCAUUGGAUAGUGUGCAGAAGUUCCAGAAAGAGAAUGAGCAACUUACAGAACGCCUUUUGGCAAUGGAGGAGGAAACAAAGAUGGUGAAAGAAGCUUUGGCACACCGGAACAGUGAAUUACAGACAUCCAGGAGUAUUUAUGCAAAGACGGCCAGCAAGCUUCAAAAUUUGGAAGCACAGCUGCAA